AUGUGCGCGCUCCUGUUGCUCGUGCUCGUGUGGUGCGCGUGUUCCGUGCGCGGUGAGGCCUCGUGCGCCUCUUGUGAGCGCGUGCACGAGGAGGGGGAGCUGCGCGAGGCGGUGAAGCGGCACAUCCUCACGCGCCUGCAGCUCAGCGCGCCCCCGAACAUUACGCACGCGCUGCCGCGCGCCUCGCUGCUCACCGCGCUGCGCCGCGUGCACGCGGCAGUGCGGCAGGACGGGCGCGUGGAGCUGCCGCCCGAGCACCGCGCGGAGGAAAGCGCCGAGAUCAUCAGCUUCGCAGAGAGAGACGAGUUGGUGACGUCACACUCUGGGAUGUUCUUCGUCGUGUCAAAUGAAGGUAAUCAGAGUCUGUCUGUGUCUGAGGCGUCGCUGUGGCUUUACCUGCGCGUGCUCCCGGCCCCGCCCCCCGAGGCCCGGCCCUCAGAGCAGGCCCCGCCCCCUCCGCGCCGCCGGAGCCGUCGAGUGUCUUUAAAGCUGUACCACCAGGGGGCGGGCCUGAGCAGUGGGUGGAGCCUGGUGGAGAGGGGGGUGGAGCUUCGUCGUAGCGGCUGGCACAGGUUUGACCUGACGGCGGCGCUGCAGGGGCUGUUCCGGAGCGCCCCCCGCAGGCAGAGCGUGGACGUGCGCUGCGACGGCUGCGAGGAGGAGCGCGUGCGCCCCCUGCUGUUGGACGCGGACGCCGCGCGGAGGCCGUUCCUGGUGGUGCAGGCGCGGCGGGAGGAGGCGGGGCACAGGAUCAGGAGGCGGGGCUUAGAGUGCGAGGAGGGGGCUGGGCUCUGCUGCAGGAAACAGUUCUACAUCGACUUCCGGCUGCUGGGCUGGAGCGACUGGAUCAUCGCUCCCUCCGGUUACCUGGGAAACUACUGCGAGGGCAGCUGCCCGCCGCAGGGGGGCGCCGUCCCGGGCGCCGCCGCCUCCUUCCACAGCGCCGUCUUGAACCAGUACCGCCUCCGCGGCCUCGGCCCCGCCCCCUCCUCCUCCUGCUGCGUCCCGACCAAACUCGCCCCCAUGUCCAUGUUGUACUUCGACCACGAGUUCAACAUCGUCAAACGAGACGUUCCGCACAUGGUCGUCGAGGAGUGUGGAUACCCUCACCUGUCCCAGACCCUCACCUGUCCAGACCCUCACCUGUCCAAGACCCCACCUGUCAGACCCUCACCUGUCCCAGACCCUCACCUGUCCAGACCCUCACCUGUCCAGACCUCACCUGUCCAGACCCUCACCUCCACCCUGUCCAAGACCCUCACCUGUCCAGACCCGACCUGUCCCAGACCUCACCUGUCCAAGACCCUCACCUACCCUCACCUGUCCCAGACCCUCACCUGUCCAGUCCAAGACCCUCACCUGUCCAAGACCCUCACCUGUCCCAGACCCUCACCUGUCCAGACCCUCACCCUCACCUGUCCAGACCCUCACCUGUCAAGACCUGUCCAGACCCUCACCUGUCCAGACCCUCACCUGUCCCAGACCUCACCUGUCCAAGACCCUCACCUGUCCAGACCCUCACCUGUCCAGACCCUCACCUGUCCCAAGACCCUCACCUGUCCCAGACCCUCACCUGUCCAGACCCUCACCUGUCCAGACUCACCUUUGUACAGGUGA